AUGUCUGGCCUCAUCUCUGAUGAGAUCGCAGAGGACUAUAAGAGUUCGCUGGAAGAUCUCAUUUCGAACGAUGGUAUUCAGAUCCGGACCUUGACGGUCAUUGCGAAGGAGAACACUGAACAUGCCAUGGCCAUUUCCCGAGUCCUGGAGAACCACAUCCGAUCUACACCCCCUCAGCAGAAGCUCCCCGCCCUGUAUGUAGCGGAUUCCAUCGCCAAGAACGUGGGCAGUCCCUACACGCUGUUUCUGGGUCGCAACAUGUACCAGACCUUUAUGAAUGUCUACACCCUAGUGGACAGCAACACACGAAGGAAGCUGGAUGAGAUGCUCAAUACCUGGAAGCAGCCUGCCCCCGGUUCGCUUGACACCCGCCCAGUCUUCCCACCGGACAUCACUCGCAACAUCGAAAGUGCCUUGAUCAAGGCCCGCACCGCUGCCCUUCAGCACCAGAGACCUCAGCCGGAGAUCAACCGCGGUCGAGCAAACGGAACUCCCACCGGGUGGUCCAGCAGCACGACACACAACAUGGCUCGCAAUCAGCCAGCCCAAUACCAGGGCCAUUCCACAUCGACUCCACCUCCGAAUCAGCGCCAAGAUGUUGACUUGAAUCAUCUCAAUCGCGAUGUGGACGGUCUCAUCGCCGCUGCCAAGGUCGAUUUUGCUAAUAGCCCUUUCAACCCCGUCUGCCAACAACGCUUGAAGGCAUUGGUGGAUCUCCAGGCAAUCCUUCAGACCCAACAGCUCACCCAGGACCAGCUGAAGCUGGUUCGCGAUCAAGUCUCACAGCUUGCGGCCACAAGGCCCUCCGCGCCUCCGAGUGCGCCUACGCCCGCGCCAGUAACUGCGCCGGCAGUGCCCCAAAUUUCCACCCCUCCAGUCCCACCGGCUGCGCAGCCCUUUCAGCAAUUGCUCAACUCAGAGACCCUCGCUGGGUUGAUCAAAGCUACCGCCGCGCGCCAGCAACCAACCCCGCCACCUCCAAUGCCCGCCGCGAUGCCGCAGAUGCCUCAAAUCCCCCAACAAACCGGCACCCCACAACCGGCAGAGAACCCUUUGAUUGCGGCUUUGAGGGCCCAGGGCCUGUUACCCGCUAGCCCAACACCCCCAUCCCUGCUCCCUUCCGCUUCUGCGACCCCAGCUCCCGGCAUAUCUACCUUGCCAUAUUUCAUGUCCAAUGGAAUCCAACCCACCCCUCCGCCUGUGGCACAAGUCCCGGCUACCAACAGCACCUCUGGAGUCCCCAUGAAUUCGGCCUCUAUGAAGAUUCCCCGGUUCAACCUCAUCGUCUCUUUGUACGACUCGCGACCCAACAGAUGUGGAACCUGCGGUCGUCGAUUCUUUGCGACCGAGAAAGGCAAGGAGAUGAAGGCCCGCCAUCUGGACUGGCACUUCAAGACCAACCAACGCAUGACCGAAUCAUCCCGACGUGCACAGAACCGCAGUUGGUAUGUCGAUGAAAGGGAUUGGAUCAAGUCUCGCGAAGCAGGAGACGAGAAUGGUGCCACAGACUCCCAGGCUACCAACGAAGGAGCUGCGGGCGAUGAAAGCACCAAGCAGGAACCUGAAAAACCAUGGAUCCGGGCUCCCAACGACGCCACGCUCCGCAGUACCCCGUGUCCCAUCUGCCAGGAGAAGUUUGAAUCGACCUGGUCCGAGGAUGUCCAGGACUGGAUCUGGCAAGAUGCUACUCAGGUCGGGCCUCGUGUUUAUCAUGCAAGUUGCUAUGCCGAAGUCACCAAGGGUCCUGCUCCGGCUCGUCAGACCCGGACUAGCACCCCAGACUCAGUCCUUGGCAAGCGCAAGGCAGAAGGCAUUGAUUCUCCCAACCAGAAGACUCGCGUGAAGACAGAAGCGCUGUAA